GAGAUUAAGAUUUGACUAUACAAGGGUACAUACUAUGAGGCAUGACUGCCUCUCCUGAGAUACUGAUAGGUGUACAAAUAGAGUAGAGUUAAUUCUAAGGUUUAAUAUCUUAAUUGUCCUAAAUAAAUGCUAAGAGAACCGUAUUAACUUUAUAGUUUGUACCUGUUAUGCAUUUAUGGUUCUUAGAGCUACCUCGGUAUAAAUAAGACACCAAACAAGCUAACGUCUUAUAUCAUCACUCUUGUGGCCAGGUAAAGAAGACCAACCUUAAACAAUAUUAAACAGCUUGCUAUUUGAAAACAUGCCACGCAAGAAGGUGACAGACAUAUCAGGAAAUGGUGGGGUGAAGAAGAAGAGGGUCAGUGGGAAGAGGAAAGAGAGAGACUUCAGUAGCGAUGACGAGUUCGAUUUCGAGCAGGAGAAUAACAAGAAACCUGGCAGACCUGCAGCCAAGUCUGGUCUCCAGCCUGUCACUGUGGCAGAUGACAUCAAAGAGAAAAUAAAACUCGAGUGCCCAAAAGUAAAAGGUCAACUGCUCAUAUUUGGGGCAACCAACUGGGAUUUGAUUGGAAGGAAGGAGGUGCCCAAACAACAAGCUGCAUUCCGUAACCUGGGCCAGAAUCUGUGGGGUCCCCAUCGUUAUGGGUGUCUGAAUGAUGUCCAGGUCAGCUGUGUGGUGUCUGGUCCCUGUGCAGCUCACAGUCUCCUAAUGACCACUGAGGGCAAGCUGUGGAGCUGGGGUCGCAAUGACAAAGGUCAGCUGGGUCACGGCGACACGAAACGUGUGGAGGCACCAAAGUUAAUUGAGGCCCUGGCAGAUCAUGUGAUUGUUUCUGCUGCCUGUGGACGCAAUCACACCCUGGCACUUACUGAGAACGGCACCGCCUAUUCUUUCGGUGAGAACAAGAUGGGCCAGCUUGGCCAAGGCAAUCAAACUGAUGCCAUCCUCAGCCCUGCACCAAUUUCCUACAAUGGUCAACCUCUGGUGAAGGUGUCCUGUGGUGCUGAAUUCAGUAUGGUGGUGGACUGUAAAGGAAACAUUUACUCCUUUGGCUGCCCAGAGUAUGGACAGCUAGGUCACAACAGUGAUGGGAAAUUCAUAGCUCGUGCCCAGCGCAUUGAGUUUGACUGUGAGCUCAUUCCUCGUCGGGUGGCCAUCUUUAUUGAAAAGUCCAAGGACGGCCAAGUCAUUCCCGUACCUAAUGUGGUGGUCCGAGAUGUGGCCUGUGGGGGCAACCACACGCUGGUGCUGGACUCACAGAAGCGAGUGUUCAGCUGGGGCUUUGGUGGUUACGGUCGUCUGGGUCACACAGAGCAGAAGGACGAGAUGGUUCCGCGGCUGGUCAAGUUGUUUGACUUUCCUGGACGCGGUGCCAGUCAGAUCUACGCAGGCUACCAGUGUUCCUUCGCUGUCAAUGAGAUGGGAGGGCUUUUCUUCUGGGGGGUGACCAACACUUCCAGAGAGUCCACCAUGUAUCCCAAAUCUGUGCAGGAUCUUUGUGGCUGGAAGGUCCGUAGCCUGGCCUGUGGGAAGAGCAGCAUCAUCAUAGCUGCAGAUGAGAGUACAAUCAGCUGGGGGCCAUCACCUACAUUUGGAGAACUGGGAUAUGGAGACAACAAACCCAAAUCCUCCACCACUGCCCAGGAGGUGAAGACCUUGGAUGGCGUCUUCAUUGAGCAAGUAGAGAUGGGCUACGCCCACUCUCUGGUUAUUGCCAGACAGGACACAGAGCAGGAACAAGAGAAACUGAAAAAGCUGCCUGAGUACAACCCUCGAACACUCUGAUCAUCUGUCGACACCUCAACCGUUUUACUGGGGCAGAAACCGGUGGUGCUCAGUACAAACGUGCUGGUCACAUUGAUCUGUGAGUGGGGUAGGUGAGUUAAAGAAGAAUGGGGGUGGGGGUCGGGGGAAGGAUGAAGUCACAAGUCUGAAAGGUUUCUUUUACAUAGCCUAACUACCAGCAAACCCACACUGAAAUCAGAGAUAAUGGUACAGAUCAUGGGCACUCCUGCAGUCACACUCAACAGUCCCUUAAUCCUGCAACACUUCACACACAGCAGAGUGGUGCUUCCCACUCCCCCACCCCUUUUUCCAUUUUAUAAUACGGCCAAUAAUUGACGUCUUCAUGUCUGUUGUUUUUUUUCUCGUGGCAAUGUUUGAGAUGAUAGCGUUGUUUAGUCACAUUUACGGGUGCUACAGCAGAGCCCUUGGUGUUUUCUCUCCUGAGGGCUUUUUCAAAGAUUUAUCAACACUCCAUACCUGUGCCUUUUUCUACACAUUUCUUCAGGUUAUGGAUGUUCUGUUUUUGUUGUUCAGAGAAUCAGUUGAUCAGUCUGAUGUAAUGACAGGGCAGUGUAAGGAGUGUGUGUGUCUGUGUGUAUAUGAAUGUGUAUGUGUGUGCCACUGCCACAGAUUACAAUCAGGAUUUUGGAACAUGAUGUUCUGAGUUUAGUGCACUUCACUCAAUGUUACAUUCCUUUUGUUGUCUUCAGUGUUUUUGCAUCCCGGAUGCACACCUCAGUCCUUCCUAGACCAUACUGUUUGAUUACUUGUGGCUAAUUUGACUCAUGAAUUAUUCAAGGACUCAAAUCGGUUUCACGAGCAGCUCUGAACUUUUUAGAACCAUGAUGUGUUGUCUACAAAUGUUCUUUGUACACUAAGUGCUGGAAAAGAUUUGUCGUUUGGGAAACAGCACAGGUGUUUUUUUGUUGUCUCUGAUCUGUACUGCAUUCCUUUUAUAUGGGCUACAUUGUUGUUUUUCAUUAAAUAAAUAAAAAUCAUCUAAAUUUAAA